UCGAACCGUCGAUUUUGUGCUUUUGUGAAUUUUUGCGAACUGUAAAUUACAUUUUAAGCAAAAAUCAGUUAAAAGUAAUAAAUAACUAAGUGGAAUAUUGUGGUGAUGAAGUGAUAUAGUGUAAUUGAAGUGUUUGAAGUGAGCUGGCGCGCUGGACGGGCCGGAGCGUGAGGGGCCCGCGGAGGCGGAACAGGACCCCUGGAGACACAUGCGUGCCAUGGACGUCGACAGGCAAAUGGCAGCAGAGGAGAGCAGCGCGGUGGAAGGAGACGGGGACAGGGGCCGCUACAGCCUGAUGGUCCGCUGCGCGUCGCAAUCAUCGCUAGACGAAUGUUCUCAGCGCGCGGAAGCGGCGGGCGGCGCGCGCGCUGCGCACGCCACGCGCUUAUUGGACGCGCUCGCGCGCCUGCGCAGUGAUGACACGCUCUGCGACGUACGGCUGAGGGGUGGUGCGGGGGACGCACACGACGACGGCGUGGCCGCGCACCGCGCCGUGCUGGCGGCCAGCUCGCCGUACUUCCGAGCCAUGUUCACGCAGUUUGACGAGAGGACCAUGCCCACCAUCACCAUACAGAAUGUGGACCCCGAAGCGCUGCAGGCCAUCGUCGACUACGUUUAUAACCCUGACUCCCUGAUUAUCAACGAGGAGAACGUGCAGAGCAUCCUGUCCGCGGCGUCACUGCUGCAGGUGCUGGGCGCGCGCGCGGCGUGCUGCUCGUUCCUGGCCGCGGCGCUGGCGCCCGACAACGCGCUCGGCAUCCGCGCCUUCGCGGAGCUGCACGCCUGCUCGGAGCUCGCUCAAGCUGCUGACAGGUUCCUGGACCGACACUUCCUCCAGGUUCUCGAACAAGACGAGUUUCUGGGUCUCUCGGCGGAAACCCUCGCCCGCCUGUUAGACAGUGACCGUAUCGCGGCGCCGGACGAAGAAGUCAUCUUGGACGCUGUGCUACGGUGGAUGAGGCAUGACCCAGAAACGAGGCGCGCACACCUGGGCACGUUACUGGCGCACGUGCGCCUCCCGCUGCUGCCGCAGGACGUGCUGGUGGCGCGCGCCGCCGCCGAGCCGCUCGCCUCCGCCGGCGUGCAGGUGAAGGACCUGGUGAUCGAGGCGCUGUCGUUCCACCUGAUGCGCCCGGAGCGGCGCGCGGCGGCCGCCGCCUCGUGCGCGCGCGCGCGGCCGCGGCGCCCGCCCCGCGCGCCGCGCGCGCUGCUCGUCGUGGGCGGGCAGGCGCCCAAGGCCGUCAGGGAGGUGGAAGCGUUCCACUUGGAGUGCGGUCGCUGGCGCGCGUGCGCCGCGCUGCCGUCGCGCCGCUGCCGCGCCGGCCUCGCCGUGCUCGACCAGCAGGUGCUCGCCGUCGGCGGGUUCAACGGUACCCUGCGUGUGCGCAGCGUAGAUAUAUACUGCCCAGCCACGGACGCUUGGACGGUAGGGCCGGCGCUGUGCUGCCGCCGCUCCACGCUGGGGGUCUGCGUCGUGGACCGCACAGUUUACGCGGUGGGCGGGUUCGACGGCACAUCGGGCCUAAGUUCGGCCGAAGUGCUACAGCCCGGCGCGACGGAAUGGCGGCCAAUAGCCAGCAUGAGCACUAGACGGUCUUCGGUCGGCGUGGGCGUGCUGGCCGGCAGAGUGUACGCCGUCGGCGGCUACGACGGCGCCGCGAGGCAGUGUCUGCACUCUGUGGAGAGAUACGACCCGGCGACGGACACUUGGGAGUCGAUCGGCGACAUGUCGGCGCGGCGCUCCGGCGCCGGCGUGGGCGUGGUCGGCGGCGCGCUGUACGCCGUCGGCGGCCACGACGGGCCCGCCGUGCGCCGCUCCGUCGAGCGCUGGAGCGAGGCCGCCGGGGCAUGGUCACCGGUGGCCCCGAUGGCGCACGCGCGCCGCAACGCCGGGGUGGCGGCCCACGAGGGCCGCCUGUACGUCGUCGGCGGCGACGACGGCGCCGCCAACCUGGCCUCCGUCGAGGUGUACGACCCCGCCACUGACAGUUGGAGCGUGCUGCCGGCGCCGAUGGCGCUGGGCAGGAGCUACGCCGGCGUGUGCGUCGUGGAGCGCGCCUGACCCGCGCCCGCCGCCGCCGCCGC